CCGACGUGCCCACGGAGUAACUCUUUGUGGACCUUUUUCUCUGGGAAUAUUUGACAAACUGCUAUUUCGCAUAAGAACUUAAUUGGAAUAAAAACAAAUUACUGCCCAGGAUACCAUAAACAUGGCCGAUUCAGGUUUCCCAUUCCCACCAGACUCUUUCUGUCCCCUGUGUGCUGAUGGACUCCGGGACCCGGUCACCAUUCCCUGUGGGGACACUUACUGCCUGGAGUGUAUCAAGAUCUACUGGGACCAGUACGACCACAUGGGCGUGUACAGCUGCCCUCAGUGCCGCGCGUCUUUCACGCCACGGCCCGUCCUGAGACGCAACGUGCCAGACGUUCAGCACCAGCAACAGCCCCGCCAGCAGCUCCCGGAGCUCACCCCCUUCCCGUACAUGCACCGCGAAUCCUACUGCGACUUUUGCGUCGGCCGCCGCAACAGGGCCGUCAAGUCGUGCCUCAUGUGUCUGGCUUACUACUGCGAGACGCACGUCAAGCCUCAUUACGAGUCGUCCACGUUCAAGAGGCACAAGCUCGUGGACGAGACGGGCCACCUGGACAGGAAGAUCUGCCCCCAGCACGAGAAGGGCCUGGAGCUGUUCUGUCGCUCUGACCAGAUGUGCAUCUGCGUGCUGUGUACUGUCAGAGAGCACCGCAGCCACAACAUUGCCUCGGCGGAAGAAGAGCGCAUUGAGAAACAAAAAGUUCUGGUGGUGACCCAGUCCGAAGUGCAGCACAUCAUUUCAGAGAGGAUGAAAGAGCUGCAGGAGCUCAAGCACAAUGUGGAUGUUCUAAAAAAUGCUGCCCAGCGUGCGCAGACUGAUAGCGAUAAGUCCUUCCAUGAGAUGUUGCAGGCAGUCGAGCGCUGGAAGUCUGAAAUCAACCAGAUGAUAAUGGCCAACAUACAGGCGGCCAUGACGCAGGCUGAUGGUUACGUUGAGCGCCUUGAGCAGGAGAUAAUGGAGCUGCAGCGGCGAGACGCUGAGCUGCGACAGAUCCUGGAAACAGAAGACAACAUUCACUUUCUGCAGAAUUUUCCCACCUUGUGUGUUCCUCCAGAGGCCAUGGUUCCUAAAGUUCUCAUCAACCCUCAAUUCUCCUUUGGAGAAAUAAGCAAAACAGCCACAGAGAUGAAAGAAAGCCUGGAUGACAUCUGUAAAAAGGAACUGAGCAAGAUCUCCAAGACGGUCAGCGAAACUCCUGUGUAUAUACUUCUGCCACGAAAUAGGGACAAACUCCUGAAAGUUCCCUCCAGGGUUGAUUUUCAGGAGCCACAAUCCAGAACAGACUUCUUGAGAUAUGCGGUCAGACUGUCCUUUGAUUCAAACACCGUCUACAAAGAGCUCGUGCUGUCAGACGGCAAUCAGAGAGUCACUCGAAAGAAAACGACCCAGUUUUAUCCGGACCAUCCGGAACGCUUCGAUGGCUUUUCCCAGGUGCUGUGCAAGGAGCCUCUGUCUGGCUUCAGGUUCUACUGGGAGGCCGAGUGGGGCGGGGAGUUCUCCAUCGGUGUGGCCUACAAGAGCAUCAGUCGCAAGGGCAAAAAUUCAAACAGCCUUCUGGGCUACAACGACAAGUCGUGGAGUCUCCUCUGCUCUGAUUCAGGAUACUCAGCCUGGCACAACAAAGCAGACAAAGAUCUGCCUGAAGCUCCCCGGGCCACUAGGAUAGGUGUGUACUUGGACUAUGCGGGCAACACUUUGGCCUUCUAUUCAAUAUCCAAUACAAUGGAGCUCAUCCACAGGUUCAGAGCUCAGUUCAGUGAGCCUCUGUUUGCUGGUUUUGGGGUUGGCUCCUCUGUUACCCUCUGCCAGCUGAAGCAGAACACUAUGCCUUAUACUUAAAGAAAAAAAAAUACUUCAAGGUUCCUGUACUCAAACAGAUGAAUAUUUGUUAAUGAUGAAAUGAUAAAAUGAAGACACUUUAACCUGUAUAACUGAUCAGUUGAUGUAAAACUACAAAGCAUCAACCAUCAUAUCUUCUGAAGCAUCUUCUCUUAUUUUAAAAUGUUAAAUGUAGUA